AUGGAACGUAUCAGGUGGAGUGAAAAACGUAUACCAUUCAAAAAUAUUAUAGAAAACUCAUUGAUUCCAAAACCGGCAUUGGUUCAAAUUGGUCAAAAAACAAUUGUUGUUGGUGAAAAAAUAAAUGGCGAAUUCAUCAUGGCAUCACCAUGUAAAGUUGUCGGAAAUCGAUUUGAUGUUAUGGAGCAAGAAAUUGUCCUAUCAAGUAAACAUACCGGUCUCUGGCGUGUUAUAUCAAAAUCAUCUUCAAAAAAAGAAGAGUCAAUUCAUCGUUUAACCGUGAGAGAUUUAGAAACUCUUUAUCAACGAGAUAAAAAUCAUCAAAGAGCAAAUCCGCGUUCGUUCAUCUGUAUUCGCGAUGUGGAGGCAUUUGAACUUGUUAUAAGAACAGGAGAUCCAUCCACUGUUGAUGGACGCCGAAUUGACCGUCGAACGAAACAAAUUGAAGAAGAUACUGAAUUUGAAAUAACAUCAGGUGGUGAGAUUGAAUAUACACCUUCGGAGGGUGAACGAACAUCUCAAGAUUACGCGUUUGUGCCAAAGAAAAAACAAGGUUUAAUUCUUUCAUUAUUAUUACCUGGGAUAGUUGAACAAGAACAAUUAGUUCGAAAUCGUACACUUCGUGCAUUAUUUUGUCGAACAAAAGGCGAAACCCGCAGCAGACAUUUUUUACUCGAAGUUAAUGAACAACCGUGUGAAAUCCGGCCGAUAGCAUCCGAGGGCUCAGUAGAAUUGAGAUACUUACAUUCAACUCAAAAUUUAUAUGAAUAUUUACAUUCUCACAGUAGUGAUACAGCUCUCUACGUGAAACUAUUAAGAGGUGAUCCACCAAUCAAAGCAGUUGAGUUUGACGGUUAUUUAGUGUUGAAGAGCGUGUUGAAUGGUGAUAAAGUACCGAUUUGUCGAACACAGGAUUUGGAAAUAACGCUUGUGAGCCCAGAUAUUCCAGUUCAAGUACGAUUACCGACAAAACAAGAACAUUACUGGCGAACUUUAUCGGAAGUACGUGCAGCUGAAUUACAAUGUAUGCAAUUAGCAUUAGCAUUGUUAGCUCGUCACGAAUCUGAAAUGUACAUAAAUAAUGAAAGCGGAUAUAAUGGUGAUCUAUCGAUGAUACAGUCGACCCAAAAUCCAGAAGAACUCAAAAAACACAUUGAAGAAUGUGAACGAAUAUUUGCAUCGCCAGCAGCCAAAACAAAAAGCGGUGACACUCUAACGAGAAAACCGACCGAUUCAAGAAAUAAAUCAACCAAUGUGAUAAACCCUCCACUAGCAUCAAGUAAUGAAACAACAGGACAACCUAUCCACGCUACUUCCGACAAACUUUAUAAAUCAUCCAAUACGUCGCAGCAAACAGUAAAUCAAAAACAUAGCAGAAACAUUGCGGAAGCGCCUAAAACGUUGAUUGCAAAACAAAGUACUACGAAAACAAGUACAACUAGUACGUCGUACACAAAUACCAGCCAAAAUGUACCGAAUCAAAUGCCCAAACAAAGUGAUGGUUUUUAUGAUCGGUUUAAUCGACUAACAAUAAAAGAUAAAACGACAAGUUCGUCGAUAAAAAAUCCAAACUUCUUAGAACGUCAAAAUUCAAAAAGUUAA